AUGAUUACUACUGAAAUCAAUUCAAAAGACCCAAUAGUCGACAUAGAUCAAAAUGAGUAAUAAGAAGAAGAUAGAGAAAAUAAAGUAAAGAAAUUGAUUAAGUAGAGUCCAAAUGAAUUAAUUGUAAUAUAAGUACAAAAACAAUAAGAAUAAUAAGAGAUCUAAUAGUUUGACAAAUAUUAAUUAAAGAAGAAGGAGAUGGAAAGAUUGGAAAGAAUCAAAAAGUACUUACUUCAAGAUCAUUAUCUAAUAGAAUACCAAUCACAUUGAAAAGAUAGCUUUCUACAAUCAAUGAAUUAUCAGACCAAUCCAUUAAUAAUAGUUGUUCUCCUUAAAUUGAUGUAGAUCAUCAUAAAUCCAAAAAAUCUAAUAAAGAUGUAAGAAUCAAUUCAGCUAAGUAGUUUCUCUUUUAAAUCCAAGAAGAAAACAAAUAAACAGAACCUAUUUAAAUUGAUAAGUAAAAAUAGCAAAAAAAGAAAUUUAAAAAGAAAAAGAAAAAAAAACAAAAAACAUCUAACUAAUUAACUUAAUCCUCUUUACCUCUUCAUGAAAUUAAAUAUUAAUAAAAUAUGAAUUUCAAAUAUUAUUUUCGAGAUUAAAGAAUAGAUUGUAGUUGGAAAUUAUUGUUUACUUACUUUACUAUCAUAAUAUUUAGUAAUAUUAUACUUUAAACUAUUGAAAUAAUAAGAUAUUCUUAAAGUGUAUGUAAACUUGAAGGCAUAGAAAAUAUAUUUAUUUAUGCUAAUCAAUUAUUCUAUAUCUUAGGAAAAAUUGGAUUAUUAAGUUUAAAUUAUUAAGAGUUUACAAAUACAUUACCUACUAAAUCUAAAAUCCCUUUAUUUAAUUUAGUAAUUUUUAGCUCAAUUUUUGUUGUAUUAUCAAUGCCUUUAUAUGUUUUUGACUUUGUACUCUGUUAACCAAGGAAUAAAUUUAUAACACUUUAAGAGAGUCUAUAGAUUUUAAACUAUUUUGAUUGGGGAAUGAUUUCAGUUUUAUCCAUUAUUAUUUUAAUGCAUUCUUGCCUUAAAAUUUAAAUGAAAAAAAGAACAUGGAAAACUUUGAAGUAAAUCAUUCCAAAAUUAAUAGAAAAUUUCUUAAAGUCAUUUAUUAUCUAUUAUUAAUCCUUGUUCAUUUAUUACAAAUAUUAGUUACUGUAACCUAAACAUUCACAUCUUUUUUGCCUGCUAUGAUAAUGGAAAAUUUUUAUCUUUGUUUCUCCAUUUUAGCUAUGAUCUAUUUAUCUAUUAGAAAAUUUUAUUUUCAUUUAGAACCCUUUCAAUUUACACAUUAAAAGUUAACUAAUGAACCUAUGAUAUUGAUUUCUGAUGAUAAAAUAAGCAAUUGGGCAUAAGAUGAUAAAUUCUUUUAAAAUGACUCUAUCAAAUUAAGUAAAAGAGCUAAACUUAGUCCUUCAACAAGUUAAUUAAACAGUCUUCAAAUUACGCAAACAAAUUUUCUUGCUAAAAAAGACUGA